AUGGCAAAGGAUAAGAAGAAAGAUGGCAAGAAGACAGAAAAAUCUGUACGUCCUCCUGUUCCUGCACAAGACGCUACAGCUGAGAGCAGUUCAACAAAGCCAACAGAUCUGCAGACCUCAGUGAAUGAAGUGGAAGAAACACAGGCACAUCCAGUGGUACCGGAUAAAGAACCAGAGGAGGCAGAAGAACCUCCGGUCCAAAACGUUCCUCAAUACUAUGAGGAGCCCAUUCUUACGGAAGUUAUUGUAAAAAGCUAUGAAGGUGAAAAAGUUCAUGGAUUGUAUGAGGGUGAAGGAUUUGCAUAUUUUGAGGGGGGAAACACAUAUAAGGGCAUGUUUUCUGAAGGGCUUAUGCAUGGACAUGGGACUUACACGUGGGCUGAUGGAGUGAAGUACGAGGGAACAUUUGUCAAGAAUGUGCAGAUGUUUAAUGGCCGUUAUACAUGGAAUGAUGGCAGCGUUUAUGAAGGAUCAAUCAAGAAUGGAGUUAGGCACGGAUUUGGAUUUUUCAAGAGCGGUACUCCUCCUGUUUCUUACAUUGGCUAUUGGUCUGAAGGCAAAAGACAUGGAAAGGGUACUAUUUAUUAUGAUCAGGAGCAUACCUCUUGGUAUUCAGGCGACUGGGUAAAUAACGUCAAAGAAGGAUGGGGAAUGAGAUGCUAUAAGUCUGGAAAUAUCUAUGAAGGUCAAUGGGAGAAAAAUGAACGUCAUGGAAAAGGAAGAAUGAGAUGGUUGACAGCUAAUCAAGAGUAUAUGGGACAGUGGGUGUAUGGCAUACAGCAUGGAUAUGGCACCCACGUAUGGUUUUUGAAGAGAAUGCCUGCAUCUCAGUAUCCGUUAAGGAAUGAAUACAUAGGUGAUUUUGUAAAUGGGGAACGACAUGGACGUGGGAAGUUCAUAUACGCCAGCGGAGCAGUGUACGAUGGUGAAUGGGUUUGUAAUAAGAAACAUGGCAAGGGCAAGUUUGUCUUCAAGAAUGGUCAUGUUUACGAAGGAGAGUUCAUAGAUGACUGUAUAGUAGAAUAUCCUGCUUUUCAAGUGGAUGCAAUGAAUGCAAAAGAGCUGAAUGCCAUUUGCACAGGAAGUAAUUUUGGCACUGAAAACUUCACAGUCAUUAAUGGCUCAGAAAAUACUUCUGUUCUGGGAUCAAAUAUUGAGUUGGAUGUAUCUUCACUGCUUGACUUGUUGCCAAGGGAAGAAAGACAUGAAGAAGUGAAACAAGUAGAAUUUGCUGUGUUGAGGCAUAUUACAGAACUGAGAAGAAUUUACACACUUUACAGCGGCCUAGGCUGUGAUCAUUCUCUUGACAACACCUUCCUCUUGACUAAGCUCCAAUUUUGGAGAUUUCUGAAGGACUGCCAGUUUCAUCACUCCAACCUAACUCUUGCUGAAAUGGAUCGGAUAUUGAGCGGUGAUAAAACACCACCUGAGGAGAUACAUUGUCCACAUGAGACUUUACUGUUCAGAACAUUUUUAUCUUACCUUAUUCGUCUGGCAUUUCAUAUCUAUCAUGAAGAGCACAAAGAGAAAGGUCCUUAUCUGCAGAAGUGUUUCUUAGAAAUGAUGUCCAGGAAUGUUAUUCCCGCUGCCUGUCAUAUCCGAGGUAUCUUAUUUUCUGAAGAACGAUGUACAGUUUUUGCCAUGAGCUAUAUCAACAAAUGCUGGGAAAUUUACAGAGCUUUUUGUAGACCGAGUACCAAACCUCCAUUUGAACCCAUAAUGAAAAUGAGGCACUUCCUUUGGAUGUUGAACGAUUUUGAACUUCUCAGCAAACAAUUAACUGCUUCAAGACUUGUGGAAAUACUUGUCAAAGAUGGUCCUCCUCCACAUGAUAGCAGUAGUACCAACUUGGAGCAGGAGCCACUGAGACCUUGUGCAGACAGAGGGCAUCCUUGUCAAGAAUCUCUGUCGGAUACUGUCCUCUCAUUUCACACAACUCAUGGAGGUAUGAAAGACGUUCCAUCAUUGUUCAGCUGGGAUGCAGAAAAAGAACAAGAUUUCUGUCCAGCAAAGGCAUUGAUAGAUGAACCAAAAGAAGCCAAAACCAAACAAGAUGAGGAAUUUAGUCUGUGGAUGUGUCAGGUGCAAUGCUUUUUUACAACUAAGUUCUUUCCUGCCUACCAGCAUGAAAAAGCGCUGAGGGAAAGAAUAAAAGAAAAUCGAAUCCGGGAUGCUGAAUUAGCUGAGCUGAGAAAGAUCAAGGAUGAGGAGCUGGCAAAGCUUAUUGCUGGAAGAGAAGCGGAAGAGGCAAAAAGGCAAGAAGCAACAGCAGCAGAAAAACCAUUUGACUCCAAGAGUGCUGAUUUUAAGGAGUCAGAGGAGUCUGUGACGCAGGAAGAGGCACCGCUUGUGGCACCCCCCGUUGUUACCAAGGUGCCUACUGGCAAAAAGAGAAAGAAGAAAUAA